ACACGGUUAGUUAGUCUCGCGCCAACCUCCCCCACUCACGGCUUCCCUGAGUCUCUCUCUCGACGACAACUUCUACUGCUGGAGGUUCUGUUGAUGUUGAGUGUCACUAAGAGUUAAGGGACUCCUGCCACUGUUCACCACCACCAGGAGGUUCUACUGGUACUUCUGCAGUAUUCACCAUCAACAGUAACCAUGACUUAACUCCUGCUGGGGGUCUACUGCUCAGUCUUACCACACAACAGGACCUUCAUCUGGGCUGUGACGAGUUAACACCCCCCCAGUCACUAGUACUUCCUCCUGCAGGGGCUCUGGCCGUCCACACCAUGAUAACAACUAACACCUCUUGCUGAGAGUGACCAGGACCUACUUUUAAGGAUCUACUGUUAAGAACCUACUGUUAAGGACCUACUACAGUAUCUACCCACAAUGACACUACCCAGGAGCUCGUGUUGAAGUCCUUCGUCGGGAGUGAUGUGAUGACGUGGUCUUCAUCUAUACAUCACCUCAAACAGACGUAAUUGUCCUGGACCUGAUAAGUGUUGACAUGAUCGAAAUAUCCAAUAGUAAAGUGAACCAAUAGACGUGACGAGUGUGUGACUGUUUAUUUCACGAGAUAAAAGAAACACCCACAGCAAUAACUACAUUUCUGUGUUUUUUAUGGUCAAGAUCAGCAGCCAUGAAUACCGACACACUGACGCUGUUACUGGCAGCCGUCCUGGUGAUGCUGGGUCAAGAGGUGGUCACAAGCGAGGUCAUGACCCUUCUAGAGAAUCAACCCCUUGAAGAUCACCACCAGGGGUCAGGGGUCACAAAAGGGUCAGGGGUCACUCAAGGGUCUGGGGUCACUCAAGUGUCUGGGGUCACUCAAGAGUUAGGGGUCACUCAAAGGUCAGGGGUCACUCAAGAACACGGGAAACCCCAGGACGAAAACAAGAAUACAGAGAACAGGAGUGAAGAACACGAGAAUAAAGAGAACGAGAGAACACCUGAGAACGAGAGAACACCUGAGAACGAAAGAAGACCUGAGAACGAGAGAACACCGGAGAACGAAAGAACACCUGAGAACGAGAGAACACCGGAGAACGAAAGAACACCUGAGAACGAGAGAACACCGGAGAAUGCCAUCGAUGAGGAGGAGUUCUCAAGGAGCCUGGAUGGCCUGAGUUCUGAUAUAAAGAACUUCCUCCACAGCACCAAGCUAGAAGAACUACUUGACGCCCGUACCGUGGUCCUCAACUUCCCCGAGGCGAGUUUCCUGGGUAACCUCCUCGGACUGAGUGGCAACACCUGGCCGACCGCUGUGGCUGCCAUUCUCUUCUUCGGCUGGCCCUUCAUCCUGUUGGCCGUCUACCUCGCCCUUAUCUUCCUCUACCCCAACAGAAAGAGCGAUAAUUUCUUCGAGAAGAACAUGUCCAGCAUGAUAGAGUCGUGGUCCUACAUGAUGCACGCCGCCGAGGACAACUUCCUUCGCUUCAUGGAGGACAUGACGGACCCGGGACACGCCUCCUCCUACCAAGGCCCGUACGAGCGACAGACUGUCUACUACGGCCCGACUGACUUCUACGACGACGACCAGAACGACCCAUGGGACCAAGAACAGGUGGGGCAGGACUACGACACUUGGAGGAACCCAGUCUACGAGUCCACUUUUGUUGAUCCCAACACCGACUUCAUCAACCCGGUGGUGUCUUACACUCCCGAGGAGUCACAGCCCCUGCGGGAGUCUUUUAACGGUGAUGUCUUGAAGCUCACCAACGACUUCGUCCUCCAGAACGAGAUCUCGCAGAAGGACCAGCAGAACUUCCUGAGCGUGGUACUGGGGGCCCAGUACCAGCACACCAGGCCCUCCAGCUCUCUGGUGGAUCAGGACAUCGUCAGAGGAUCUGUCUUGGACGAUAUGUCAUACCAUCCACUCCCUCCGAAACAGUACCGUCCCCCGUCGCCGUCUCCUCCUACAGGUACCUUCAGCAAGAUCAGAUUUGACGACACUUCAUCCCCUUCGUCAGGCGGCUUCGGUAAGAUCCGCUUCGACAGUCAUCUGAAUCACCGCUUUAGAAACUCUAACUACACUUCCCAGCACUUCCGACCUUCAGUACGAGACGACGGCCACACCUCGCUGGAGCAAGGGGACUGGGUGGGUGGUUCUCGACCCUCGAGAACUGGCUUGAUCAACUCCAGUGAGACCACCAAGGUGAACAAGAAGCCCAAGAUCAGGUUUCCGGGACUACUGGACCCCCGGAGACCACCCAGACACAGGAGAGUGAAGACGACUGAAGAGGACACGAAGACAGGAGACACACACGACCCCUCCGUCAGUAGCGUGUCCUGAGCGGCUCCCACACCAUGACUGUUCCGUCCCAGCCGAGUAGUGUGGAAAAGGUGUCACAAUAAAAACUCAUUCCUGUACAAUAUGAACUUAUGUAAAAAAAGUGUUCUUUAGCUCACUGGGGACAAUAUGUUGAAGGGUCAUAACUGCAGGUGUGAGGCGGUUGUUCAAUAUGGUCAGGGUGUUUCUUAUCUCUCUUAACCAUCUUUCCAGGACUUGGUGUAAUACUGACGCGUACAAUACUGCUUCUUGGUCACACUUCUCAUGUAUGGUGUUGUACAUUA